CAAUACUUCACUUAUCUACCACCUCGAUCAUGUCAUACGGAAACGAGCGCUACGAUGGUGGUGAUGGUGGCAACUACGGCGGCGAUGAGUACGGCAAUAACGAUAAUAGACGCGGACAUGGCGGACAAGGUGGCCGCCAGGAGUACGGAAACUCUCAGAGUGAAUUCGGUGGACAAGGAUACGGCUCCCAAGGCGGAGGCGGUUACGGUCAAGGCAAUUCCGAAUACGGUGGCCAGUCUGGCUACGAUGAGCGCAGAGAUGAGCUGAGACAGCACGGCCAAUCAGGCUAUGGGUUGGUGUUCAGCUCCAAAAGCAAUACAUACCUCGCUAACUGCUUGCUGUAGUUCUGUGGCUGGUCCUGGUGGUUACGGAAGAGGCCAGGAAGGCUAUGGUGGCCCUGGAGACAGAGUAAAGUCCAACAACCCUGAGACAAGAUACGGCUCUGGCUACGGCGAGGCUGAUCGCUACAAUGGGGGCAACAACAACAACAGCAACGACGGAGGUUAUGGAGGUGGCUACAACGGCGGUAACAAUGGUGGAAAUGGCGGCUACGGUCAUUCGAGCGGCACUUCAUACGGUGGUGUUCCCGGUGGUUCCGAUGACUACUCGUCUGCAGCCCACACUGCAGCCCAGCAUGCUGGUAGUUCGGGAGACUCGAACCUGUUCAGCGCCGCUCUCGGCAUGCUCUCAGGUCACAAGGCAAAGCAGGAAGACGUCGACGAGGACGACGCAGUCAAGCAGCACCAGCAGUACUACGGUGGAGGUGGUCAGCCUCAGCAGGCCAGUUCCAGUAGCAUGGGCUCAGCUGCCGCUAUGCAGGCCCUCAAGAUGUUCAACCAGGGAGGCAGCUCUUCGGGUCAUGGAAAGAGCCAGAACGACUUCAUCGGUCUUGCCAUGUCUCAAGCCGCCAAGCUCUUCGAUCAGCAGAGCUCUCAAGGCAAUGUGCACCAGCAAGCCAACAAGCAAGACGCCGUUGCAUCUGCAGCACAGAUGGCAUUGAAGAUGUUCAUGAAGAGCCAGGGCGGUGGUACUGGCAGCAGCAGCGGCGGUGGUCUCAUGGGCCUCAUGAGCAAGUUCAUGUAAACCCAACAUCAAUGAGAAACGAUAAAAUGGACGGUGUCUCACACAGCUUCAAAAAGAAAGAUCUCCUCAUUUUCAGAGGCCCUAGGCUACUACGCUCUAUCUCAAUAAUAUUCGGAAUGUGUGGUCAUGAGGAAUAUAGUGUAUAUCAGGUUCGCAGUGUA